UUUCCAUGGCCCCUGCCUGACCCAGACUCUGAAGAGGACGCAGCCUUUGCCAUCGGAACCCAGACCAACGCUACUGACUUGCUGCUCGCCAGCAGCCAUUACAGCACUUGAGCAGAUCAGCACACAAUGGAAAACUAUACCAUUGAUUUGGGUUACAUGCCAACAACAACAUUUGACUACGGUGAUACAGCACCAUGCAUGGGAACUGAGGAAAAGCACUUUGCAGCAAAUUUUCUGCCACCGCUUUACUCAUUGGUGGUGAUAUUUGGCUUCAUAGGCAACAUUCUUGUUAUCCUUAUCCUGGUAAAAUACAAGAAGUUGAAGAGUAUGACUGACAUCUACCUGCUCAAUCUGGCCAUUUCUGAUUUGCUGUUUGUAUUUUCUCUUCCUUUUUGGGCUUAUUAUGCUGCUCACGACUGGAUUUUUGGAGAAGCGCUGUGCCGGAUCCUCUCAGGCAUUUACCUCCUUGGCUUCUACAGCGGCAUCUUUUUCAUAAUCCUGCUGACCAUAGACAGGUAUCUGGCCAUAGUUCACGCAGUGUUUGCUUUAAAAGCUAGGACAGUUACCUACGGCAUCCUCACCAGCAUUGUCACGUGGGCUGUUGCUCUUUUUGCCUCUGUUCCUGGGAUAGUAUUUCACAAAACUCAACAGGAGAAUACACAGUAUACAUGCAGUGCUCAUUAUCCUCCAGAUAGCCUAAUAAAUUGGAAGCACUCCUACAUUUUAAAGAUGAACAUUCUUGGGCUUAUCAUUCCAAUGAUCAUUAUGAUUUUCUGUUACUCUCAAAUUUUAAAAACAUUAUUGAGAUGCAGGAAUGAGAAAAAACAGAAGGCGGUUCGACUUAUUUUUGUCAUCAUGAUUUUUUAUUUCAUCUUCUGGACACCGUUCCAUGUUGCUUCUUUUGUGCACACAUUUCAAACUUCUUUUUUUUCUCCAGAUUGUGAUAGCCAAACCAGACUGGACAAAACAAUUCAAGUAACAGAAACAAUUUCAAUGAUCCACUGCUGUGUCAAUCCUGUGAUCUAUGCAUUCGUUGGAGAAAAAUUUAGGAAAUAUCUUUAUACGUUUUUCCGAAAGCAUGUUGCAGCUCACCUGUGCAAAAAGUGUCCAUCUCUUUAUCGUGAAAAAUUAGAAAGAGUUAGUUCCACAUUUACAGCAUCAACUGCCGAGCACGACAUCUCUACUGGAUUGUAAAAAUAAUUCUAGAGUCUAGCUAGUGAAUGUUGCAUCUCUUUGCCUGAAGAAGUGGACGACGUUGUAGAAGAUCUUUAUGCCAAUUCUUGGGGUUAGUUGCCUGGAUCACACCAUUUUUUGAUCUUGAUCUAAGAGAAACAACCAUUUCCUAUUAACUGUUAGUAUCAUAGCUUGAUCACAGAAUGAUUUGUUUGAUUUUGAUGGCGGACCCAUAUUCUGUCCGAUGAACAAAUAUUCAUGGCUCUUACUAGGGAAGAAUAUAAAAUAGAUGAAGCAGCACUAAGUAAUAUCACAAGAUCCAUUUACAGCCACAUGGACAAUAUAAGACUGGGAGGAGGCUUUGAGGAUUGAUGUACCUGUUCAGUACACAGCAUGAAUGGAACACCCAGAAUCCUGAUUGCAUUUGGAAGUAAAAGUAUUCUUUCUGAAACAGUCAGCCAUUUGUAGUGGGAAGCUUUCAGUAUUCUUCAUUUUACUCCUCUUUCCCUUAUUUUCUCUACAUGAAUAAGAGGCAUUUCCAUUAAAAGGAUAAGGAUGAAAGAUACCAAGACAACUUCUCUUCACUGAUGAGAGAGGUGACUGACCUUUAUCUUACGUGGUCACUUAAAUCAAGGAUUUAUCUGUAAGCUAGUUGUUUCUAAACAUAAUCCUUUUUACUAUAGGCUAAGUUACAGUAUGUUUAUUUUAGGUAUUUAAUCUUGUGCCAAUCAUAUCAUUGUUUGACUGCUAACAUUUUCCAAGGUGAGCUUUUAAUGGACAAGAUUGUCAUUUCUGUGGGUGCAAUUUUACACGUAACUGCAAGCCUAGUAAGUGUAUAAGAAGUCAGUGUUGUACCCCCAAACAACCAUGAACUUGUUUCUGACAACUUCAAUCCCUUCCAGGGAAAUAGCACUUAGUAAAAGCAGAGAUCUGCAAGGACAGAAUUAAAGUUAUCUUACUUCAUCUAGCUAUGAUGCAUGAUUACAUAUGAAAAUACGUAGUCCUUCAGAGGAUUUUGGAGAGCAUGAGCAUUGUACUGAGUGGAGGCCUCUCUCACAUGUGUAGAGGGAGACAUUCUACAGCAGAUACAGAAAGUGUGUCAAAAUAGGCUUCUGCAUGCUAAAAAUGUGAUCUGGACUUACACAGUAAAUCUGCUGUUUGGGACAGACUUCUGGGAAGACAGCAGCCUUGGAAGCACAGAAGCAGCUAUCUGUAGAGAUGUAACCACCUUGCCAUUUCAGGAGAAUGAUGCACAUCACCUCUGUUGACAUGAUCAGGACUGCAUGCUUGUUGAGGACUAGUGACCAUUACCCUAGUGCUGUAAUGGCAACACUUUUAUGCCAAGCCACACAUUUAUGCCAUUGUUGAGAAUUUUUCAGUAAAUAAAAAGGGGCAUCCUAGGAUGUGAUAUGAACUUUAAACUGUUGCUUUAUACCGUAAGGAAGUGCAGUUAAACACUCCUUACACAGGCAAACAGUGUUGCUUUUUUCCCAUUUCCUUCAAGGGGCACCAUUCAAGCAUGCAAAGUUUUAGUCUCAGAAAUCUGUAAAGCCAGCUUCAAGUAACCUGCUGGCAAUGUCAGAAUGGAAGAGGGGAUUGCACACCUCUUAACAUUGCGCAUGUGACUUAGAUGCGUACAUUAACAGCAAAUCUCAUCAAGGUCCUUCAGUGCCAGUGGAAAAAAAGAGAUGCCUGAGUCAGAAGCAGACAUGAUUUGAAAGACCUUUGGGGAAGAUUACUUGUCUGACUGCAAAAAGAACCCAGAAAUCAGCUUCUUAAUUCAGGGAUCAGAUGCCCUUGUUGCAGUGGUGUGAAUACUCUUCCCUCUUCAGCCUUAUUACCUCAAGGCACCACUUCUAUUAGCUGUUAGCUGGUCUCCUGCCAGCUACUACAUUCUGGCUGCUCCCUUGUGAGGUUAACAGCCACAGGUAUACAGAAGGAAAGACCAAAAACUAUGCUCACAGUAAAUAACACUUUUCCUUUACUUUGUAUUUUCUACUGCACAAAAGUAAAAGCCCCUUUUUAAUGUUAAAGUAUAAAUUAGAUGAGUGUGAUGCAAAUCCUGCUGUAACUGUGGUACUUCUACUGCUGUGCUUUAAAUUCUUGUUUUGUGGAAAUUAUGCUUCUUCCUAUUUUAGUGUUAAUGCAGCAAAAGUAAUAAACUAUGUCUGAGAAAUGAUGUGUAUCCUGUCG